GGGGCAGGUAGUUUCUCGCCCACUGCCACAACAUGCUCUGUCUAUACCACGUCACCACAACCUUUCAUGCUGGCAUUCUGCAAACAUUCGUCACACGGACAGGCAACACUUGACAGAACUCUCUGCUGCUCUCGGCUAUGUUCAACAACCGGCAAUCUGCACAAAGAGUUAUUUUAUUUCACUGCUGUGAAGUCAAGAUGGUUAUUGUGUUGUAGACACACAGUGCCGGCUCCACUGCCUCAAGGUAAGUGCUUCAGAUAAUAGCAUUUGAUGCAACAAAGGGAAUGAAUGACAACGGCUUUUCCACUCACUCUCUGCUGCAGCUUUGUAAGCAGCCAGGCAGUUCGUGCAAGGGGCAGUUCGGUGGGAAUUAUUCUCCAGAGAUGCCGCAAGGUGCCUGGAGAUCAUCACAUUUUAAUUUAUUAAUGUACCUACUUUAAUGAAACUUCAGCGCGGUUCCCCGUAAGACGGAGGCAGCUUAUUCAUUGCACUGACUGUUCAUUAUGCCACCCUACAGCAAGCAGCAGGGGCAAGAAUCCAAGGACAGGCAUGUGGUGAAGCAGAGAGGUGGAGACUGCAUCAGCCUGAUCCAGACUGCUGGCAUUCCCCGUCCUUGCUCAUCUGCUGCUGGUCCCAGAGCACCCGCAAAGUCCAUGGAACACAAUCACAUCUUCACCCUCAAUAGGACUCUCCUCUCCCUCCAUGGGGGCCAGCGUGGAUGUGGUUUGGAAUAUAUCCGCCUGGUCUACUACAGUUUGCUGCUGGCUCUGGGCUUACCAGCUAACAUCCUGACCGUCAUCAUCUUGUCUCGGCUGGUGGCUCGGAGACAGAAGUCCUCCUACAACUAUCUGCUGGCUCUGGCUGCUGCCGACAUCUUCAUCCUUUUUUUCAUUGUGUUCCUGGACUUCCUGCUGGAAGACUUCAUCCUGGGACAGCAGAUGCCACAAGUCGUGGAUAAGAUCAUCGGAGUGCUGGAGUUCUCAUCCAAUCACACAUCUAUCUGGAUUACGGUCCCUCUGACCAUUGACAGAUACAUCGCGGUGUGUCACCCGCUGAAAUACCACACGGUCUCGUAUCCAGCGCGCACACGCAAGGUGAUCAUCAGUGUGUACAUCACCUGUUUCAUCACCAGCAUCCCGUACUACUGGUGGCCAAAUAUAUGGACGGACAACUAUGCCAGUACUUCCAUGCAUCAGAUUCUGAUCUGGCUUCACUGUUUCACCGUCUACCUGGUACCAUGUUCCAUAUUCUUUGUUUUGAAUUCAAUAAUUAUCCACAAGUUGAAGAGGAAAAGCAGCUUCUGUAUGCGUGGCUAUUCGCGGGGGAAGACCACGGCAAUCCUGCUCACCAUCACCACCAUCUUUGCGAUACUGUGGGCACCAAGAAUGGUGAUGAUUCUCUACCACCUGUACGGUUUGCCCAUCAACAACGGCUGGCUGGUGCAUGUAGUUUCAGACGUGGCCAACAUGCUGGCCUUCCUCAACACCGCCAUCAACUUCUUCCUCUACUGCUUCAUCAGCAAACGCUUCCGCACGAUGGCGGUGGGAACGCUGAGAGCCUUCGUCAAAUGUCAGAAGCAGCCCGUGCAGUUUUACACAAACCACAACUUCUCCAUCACCAGCAGCCCAUGGAUCUCACCAGCCAACUCGCACUGUAUCAAGAUGCUGGUGUAUCAGAACGACAAGGACGGGAAGCCUCUGAAGAUAUCUCCCUGAGAUGAAGAUCUCGCCACAAUAGGAAGGCUGUUUCAUGGCUGAAUUAUUAUCUGAAGGUCAACUUGCCCAAUCAUUUAACAUCCAAAUGAUUGCAUAUUUUAAAGUCUACCUACCUCUUCUGCUGUUUGGACACCACUUUGUGCAUUCGUCAGCUGUAAAUAACCUACACAUACGGCAUUAAUAACGCCUUUUCCAAAAGAGCAAAUUGGCAUUGCGAGCCAAUCACUGUGACCUUUGAAUGUGUGAACUGGCAGCAAAUAGAUGAGUGGAAGAGGUAGCAACAAAAUCCAUAACGGACUGCAGCAAAUAAAAUGACUUAGAUCUUAAUGAUAAAUAUGUACCAAAAGAUUGUAUGCUAUGUAUUCUCUAGGUUUAUAGUACUGAGGAUUUAAACUGAUCCAAGUUGUCGUGAUCUUAUACUGCAGAUUUAAGAGAAUGCUUUCUGCAGACUUAUUAUCGAGUGUUUGUAAGGGAUGCUCUCAGGUGAACUGUUUGAGUACAUUUAGAUGUUGCCUGGUCUGUUUCCAUUAGAAUGUUUAAACGUGUAUGUUCUGCAGACUGAGGGGAUUUGCUGCAACAAUUAAUGAUAUUAAGUUGCACAGCCCUUUACAAUUUGUGUUGGGGGAAAGCUGAACUUGUUAGUAACAGUUGCAAGCAGCAAUUUAUUUAAUCCUCAGCUCACAAAGAGAACAGACUUGUGCCCAGAGAAUGCAUUUUACGCCUUGUGUCCACUUUGUCGACAGAAGCAGAGAGGUUGUCAUUGAUUGUCUAUCCUGAAUAUGGGAGUUUAUUGAACGAUUAUGUGACAAUCAAUGAGCAGCAGCAUGUGAGCAAACGGAUCGCAUGCGGAAUCUUUAGGCAAGAUUGUUCUGUUAGCAUCACCUCAAACGGUGGCUGAGCACACGCAUUGUAAGUGUGUGUUAGUCACACAAGUGUGACAUUCAGCUGUUAGUGUGCGUUUAACAAUGAGCCAACAACAGAACAGAGCAUUGGUUCAAGCAACAUCCACUUAAAGCACACGUCACUAAUCUUAUCUUUCAAAGGUUGAAGUGGUGCAGACUGAAUAUUGAAAAGAUCAUAUUUUAUCCCUUACUCAUAUCACGAUGGGAAUCAGAAUUUAAACACUAGUUUGUAACACAGUACAUGAUUGUAUUGUGAAUAACACUGUUAUUCCUGCUUGUGAGAAUUUGCACAUUCAACCCCAGCUGAAUCCCAGAUUUCAUACAUUCACUGAUUGGCCAUCUUUUACCCAGUGGCUAAUAUCAGUCAAUUGAAUGCUUUUAUUGCCUUCAUUAUAAACAAUUUCCAACUGGAAAUGUCAUGAUAUUGUGAGUUCCAGAAACACCAAAGCUUGCAGUUUCCACAGAACACGCCCACUCACAGUAAACGCCUCCGUUUGCCGAGAUUUCUCUCACAUUUAUAUCUAAUCAAAAGUAAAUCUCUUGAGCUUGUGUUUUGACUUCUAUCAUUCAAUUCCAGCUGGCAUCCAAAAUUGCCCGCUAUUCAAUGUACUCUCUGAACUGGCUAUUAAGUUCAUCCAGAAAAUCUGUUGGUUUUUCAGUAUUUCUGCGGUGACUUGGGUCUCUGCAAGCCACCAAGUGAAAGCACCAAAUUUAGUCUUGCCGACUAAAAUACUUUGUUCUAAGUUCCCAUCUCUUUAUGGGAUGCAAUAUCAGGCCUAGGUCUAAUGGUUGCCAUAUUUUAUACGAUGGAACGAAUGUGGAAAGCCUAGCAUUGAACUGCGGAAUUUAUAAGCACUAACAACGAUGAGCAAAGGUCUAUCCAGUUGUUGUCAAAAGAGUUUAUUAAAAAAUAAAAUAUUGCAAAAAUAUGAUUGCGAACAUAUUCAGCAGAAAUUCAGCUGCAGAGAGGAUAUGAAUGAUAAGACUGAUGGUGACAUCAGGUGAGGAUAUCUGUACAUAUUCUAGUAGACACACAGAGCAAUUAAACAUUAUUCCCUUUAUCCUGUAUCUGUACACUGUGAAUGGCUCGAUUGUAAUCAUGUAUUGUCUUUCUGCUGACUGGUUAGCACACAGAAGCUUUUCACUGUACCUCGGUACACGGGACAAUAAACUAGACUCAACAUUUGUCGACAACUUGUCCAUCAAUAAGCCUCACUAUUCCAUUUUGGUUUUGUCCCCAAUCAACUCAUUUAAUGGACCAAUCACCAUAAUGUAAAUUAAAACACUAAAGAUUUGAACCAAUGUAGAAAUGUCACUGAAGCAUUGGGCAACACUCAGCCAGUCAAAGCAACAAUACCCAGACCCAGACAUCCCUCUACAUUUGUACAUCUCAGUGAGCAGGAAGAUCCAUGUCCACAAUAUACAUCUCUGCCUCACUUGCAUCAUAGAAACAUAGAAGGAGCAGAGAGUGGUAGCGGUGUGGAAUGAGCUUCCAGUGGAAGUGGUGGAGGCAGGUUCGUUGGUAUCAUUUAAAAGUAAAUUGGAUAGGCAUAUGGAUGAGAAGGGAAUGGAGGGUUAUGGUAUGAGUGCAGGCAGGUGGGACUAAGGGAAAAUAAUUGUUCGGCACGGACUUGUAGGGCCGAGAUGGCCUAUUUCCGUGCUGUAAUUGUUAUAUGGUUAUAUGGAGCAGCAGUAGGCCAUUCGACCUUUUGAGCCAGAACCCAGAAUUCAAUAGGAUCAUGGCUGAUCAUCCUAAAUCAGUACCCCUGUUCCUGCUUUCUUCCCAUAUCCUUGGAUUCCAUUAGCCCUAAGAGCUAAAUCUAACUCUCACUUGAAAACAUCCAGUGAAUUGCCUCCACUGCCUUCCGCGGCAGAGAAUUCCACAGAUUCACAACUCUGGGUGAAAAAUAUUUUUCUCAUCUCAGUUUUAAAUGGCCUACCCCUUAUUUUUAGACUGUGGCCCCUGGUUCUGGACUUCCCAACAUUGGGAACAUUUUUCCUGCAUCUAGCGGGUCCAGUCCUUUUACAAUUUUAUACGUUUCUGUAAGAUCCCCCUCACAUCUAUUUAUCACACAAUGUUCUGAACAAGAACACAUACAAAUGUACCAAUUGAAAUGUUGUUGGUUGACUAUUUAAGAUAAGGGGCUUGUGCAUUACACAGAAUGUAUAAAUGUUUAAUAUUGAAUUUAUCUAAAUUAUGAAUACUAUAUUUGACAGCUGUAUAUGUCAUUAAUCUUCUGUAUUUUACAGUGUAGAAUAUAUGGAUAUUGUUUUUAUAAAAAAUAAAGUGUUGGAAAGGAUGAAUGGACUUGGCUGUUGUGUACAACACUAUUCCAGGAAUGAGUGGGUUAACCAAUGAUGAGCGUUUGACAGCACUGGGCCGCUACUCGCUGGAGAGGGUUGAGGGGGGACCUCAGUGAAACAUAACGAAUAAGUAAGUUUAUUGGCCAAGUAUUCACAUACAAGGAAUUUGCCUUGGUGCUCCGCCCGCAAGUAACAACAUGACAUACAGUGACAG